ACCCUAUCAGUGUCAGGGCCGACGUCGAGGCUCGCUCUCUUUGUUCUUCUCCUCUCCUUUCCUUGCAUAUAUUGCAUAUAGAUCAGACUCUUAGCGAUUUGCCGUCUUCUUCGCAUCUGUCAUUCUUUUCACCACCUCUCCUUUAAAACUCCCUCCUUUCCACCUUCUACCCACCCAUCCCACUCCAACCGCCACCAUGAGCACACUAACCUGCACACACGUCACGCCCGAAUGCCCCGUGACUGCAACAACCUACGGCUACUACCCCAAUCUAGGCGGCAACAUCUUCUUCACCGUCUUCUUCGGCAUCUGCGGCACCUUCCAACUCGGCCUAGGAAUCUACUUCCGCUGCUGGACCAUGAUGACCGCCAUGGUGAUCGGCGCAUUCAUGGAACUAGCCGGCUACAUCGGCCGCAUCCUCAUGAACCACAACCCCUGGGACCAAGGCGCCUUCAAGCUCCAAAUCGUCUGUCUCGUGCUCGCCCCCACCUUCAUCGCCGCCGGCAUCUACCUCACCCUCAAACACGUCAUCCUCUCCCUGGGCCCGCAAUACUCCCGUCUCAAACCCCAGCUCUUCACCUGGAUCUUCAUCAGCUGCGACGUCGGAUCCCUCAUCCUCCAGGCCGCGGGUGGUGGUGUCGCUGCUGCCGCGGGGAGCGCUAAUCAAAAUCUCUUGAAAAUCGGCGAUGAUAUCAUGGUCGCGGGUAUUGCGUUCCAGGUUGGUACGAUGUCGGUGUGUGGGUUGCUGGCGCUGGAUUUCUUUAUCAGGGUGGUCAGGCAGGGUCCGGGCCUGUCCGGGGAGAAAUUCGAUAACGGGGUUCAGCCCGGGGGAAAGAAUAUUCGGGUGGUGAUUAUUGCGGGUAUCGUGGCUUAUUUUACCGUCUUGAUUCGGUGUAUUUAUCGUAUCCCUGAAAUGGCGGGCGGCUGGGGAAACCCGCUCAUGCAAAAGGAGAACGAGUUUUUGGUUUUGGAUGGAAUGAUGAUGGCGCUGGCCGUGAGCUUGCUUACCAUAUUCUACCCGGGACUGUUCCUCCCCUCUAUUCGGAAGGGGAUCAAGAAUAAGGCCUGAUGUAUAUAUCUCACCUGUCAUACAAAUAUUAUAGAUACCCAUCGUUGGAGUUGGCGUCGGCAUCCAAUGGCAUUAUGAUCAGUUGAUAGAGUUUAGUCGCAGUUCCCUGUUCAUACGUAUC